AUGGAUUGGAAAUGUCAACGCUUGUUUCUGUUCUUGCAGAUUCUCUCCUGCCUGCUGGUACAAGGAGUGGUGAGCUCUGACAGUUGUUCGGACAAUGCUCUGGUCAAGUAUCAGCCAUUGCAGGUCCUAUGCCAGGGAUCAACGUACACCCUGACAGGGGCAUACACGAGCCUGGGCUGUACAAGCGCGACGGCCGGGCCGGGGACGGGCGCCUCGGGCACGACCGGCACGGGCCCCGGAGUCAUCCCCAGCAACACGCCGACGUGCGACGCCAAGUGCCAGCUCCCCAGCCAGCUCGUCGGCUUCACGCUCUACGGGUGCGCCGUGUCUCGGGCCGGCUUUCCCGGCUUUGUCAAGGUCGCCACAAGCAGGUCGAUGGACCUGGGAACGUGCGCUGCAGUCUGCACGACCCGUUUCAUCGGCGUGUACCAGAGCGACUGCUAUUGCGGAGAUGUGCUGGACGCAUCCCUGACAGUGGCAGACCCGAGCUCGUGCACCUGCAACAUCCCGUGCCCCGGCAAUAGCCAGCAGUGCUGCGGGGGGGCAAGCCCGCUAGGGCUCAAGCUCAAGCGGCAAUUGACAACCCUGGCCACCAUUGCCUUGACCUUGUAUCAGCGCACCUCCGCCAGCUCAAUGAGCAGCGUCGGCAGGGUUAUCUACACCACCACCAAUUCCCUGGGGUCAGACUCCUAUGUAACCAUAUACCAACCGGUUGGAGGUUCCGUCACGGCACCGACGACCAUCACCAUCCCUCCCAGCGGCACCAACCCUGGCAGCGUCGUCAUCGUGACCCCGCCGGCAACUGGGGACUACCUGACCCUAACCCAGCCAUUCGGCGGCUCCAUCACAGCGCCUACCACUAUGACCAUUCUCCCCAGCGGAACGAGACCGGGUAGCGUGAUUAUCCUCACGCCGCCGGGGACCGGAGCCUACGUCACAGUCACCCAGCCUUACAGCGGAUCGCUCACCGUACCCACCACCUUUACGAUUCCAGCCACGGGGACAAUCCCAGGCAGCGUGGUCAUCAUCACCCCCCCAGUAACUAGCCUGGUGACGGUGUUCCAACCCUUCAGCGGAUCUCUUACCGUCCCCACCACCUUUACCAUCCCUCCGAGCGGUACAAAUCCGGGCAGCGUACGGAUCACUUACAGUGGCUACAACCUUGACUAUCCCCCCGAGCGGCACUAA